AUGGCCAGACGCCCAUCGACCCGACAAUCGAUUCGAAAGGCGGCACAAUCAAAGGCUGCAGCGACCGAGACGAAGACGACGACAUCCGCCGCCGAUGCCAAGGUCGAUGUGAAGGUCGAUGUGAUCAAGACGAAGGCCUCGAAGCGCAAGACCGCUGCCGCCGAGCCGGAUCUCGACGGCGAGGAUAUCGAAAACACCAGCCCGGCCGAGGACGCAAACAGCCGCGAAAGCCAAGAAACAAAAAAGAAGCCGGCGGCCAAAAAGCGCAAAACGGCCAACACCACCACCGCCAACACCGCCAAGGAGGAGGCCGAGGGCAUCACCAUGCCGCUGGCACCCCGAACGGCCGUCGCGUCGCUGAAGCGGGCCAUGUACAUCGGCGCCCACGUGUCCGGGGCCGGGGGCGUCCACAACUCGAUCCAGAACGCCGUCCACAUCGGCGCCAAUGCGUUCGCGCUCUUCCUCAAGUCCCAGCGCAAGUGGGUGAACCCGCCCCUGGCCGACGAGGCCAAGACCCAGUUCCGCGCCCUGCUCGGCGAACACGGCUACGACGCCGGCAAGCACAUCCUCCCGCACGGGCCCUACCUCGUCAACCUCGCGCAGCCCGACGAGGCCAAGGCGGCCCAGGCGUACGGCAGCUUCCUCGACGACCUGCAGCGGUGCGAGGCCCUGGGCAUCGCCCUCUACAACUUCCACCCGGGCUCGACGGGGGGGGAGCCGAUGGCGUCGGCGUGCGCCCGCAUCGCCGCGCAGCUGAACCGGGCGCACGCGGCCACCUCGUCCGUCGUCACGCUGCUCGAGAACAUGUGCGGCAGCGGCAACGUGGUCGGCUCGCGCUUCGAGGACCUGCGCGACAUCAUCGCCCUCGUCGACGACAAGUCGCGCGUCGGCGUCUGCAUCGACACCUGCCACGCCUUCGCCGCCGGCUACGACCUGCGCACCCCGGACGCCUUCGCCCGCACCAUGGCCGAGUUCGACUCGGUCGUCGGCCUCCGCUACCUGCGCGCCCUCCACCUCAACGACAGCAAGGCCCCCUUCGGCUCCCACCGCGACCUGCACGCCAACAUCGGCACCGGCUUCCUCGGCCUGCGCGCCUUCCACAACAUCAUGAACCACGAGCUGCUGCAGGGCCUGCCCAUGGUGCUCGAGACGCCCAUCGAAGAGAAGGGGCCCGACGGCAAGACGGUGGAGAACAAGCAGAUCUGGGCCGACGAGAUCAAGCUCCUCGAGAGCCUGAUCGGCAUGGACGUCGAGAGCGCCGAGUUCAGGGACAAGGAGGCCGAGCUCCAGGCGAGGGGAGCCUCCGAGAGGCAGAAGAUUCAAGACCAGGUCGACAAGAAGGCCGAGAAGGACGCCAGGAAGGGUGCCAAAAGGGGCCCAAAGGCGAAAGGCAAGGGCAAGGGUAACAAGAAGGACGAGGACUCGUACACCGAGAGCGACUAGACACCCGGGGGGGGUCCCUUCUUUUUUAUCCUUCCUGUUGUUUUUUUUUUUCCAAAAUAUUCCUGGUGAUGGGAUAUCUUUUGUAAUGUAAUGAACGAAAGGGCUUGCCCGAAUCCAAAUUGCGCAUAGGGAAGAGGAAAAAAAAAGCCGGGUACUUGCAUAGCUGGUAUGUACCAGUAUUAUAAUUCCAAGGAGGAUACAAGGAAGAAAAUCAAUCCAACCGUUAAUGAUACCCCGAACUAUAUAUCCCGCCUUAAACGCCUCAUGUUCGUAACGUCCUCACAAAGGAUAUCAUAAAAAGGAAUAGCAAAAGUGGUAAAAGUGGAGUCGACAAGAGGAG